UCCCUGCUUCCGUCGUGCUUCCCAAGGUUCGUCCUUUCAUUCCCAAAGGCGAAUUUAGGAUAGAUAUUUUAAUUCUUUCCGAUUCUUAUCGUAUACCAUCAAUAUUUUUCGAAACCGGUGAUUUUCAUACAAUGGGGAACACAUAAAGAGACUUACCGGUGGGGCCUUCGAAUUUUCUAGAGCACUUAAACCUCAUCCUCAGUUGAUGCGACUCCCAUGGAGCUACUUUCUGAAUUAAAGAUCAGAUAGUUAUAACAAUGCCAGGUUACCCGGUACCAGAGGUAGACAAAGAGAUAUUUCAAGAACUCCUCUGUGAGUACUGUGACACAGUGAUAAGAGAUGCCUGGAGAGCAGAAUGUGGGCACUUUUACUGCAGGUCAUGUGUGGAGUUUCUUUUCAGGGGAAAUCAAGGAGCAGUAGCUUACUGCAGAAAGUGCAGAACACCUCUCUUCCUUUAUCAGUUCUUGCCAGAUGACAUAAUCAGCAGUAAAGUUGAGAGAACCAUAAUUCAUUGUUUAUUCUUGGAGGCAGGAUGUAAAUGGGAAGGAGAGUUGAAAGAAUCUGAGUGUCAUGUAGGAAGCUGCAGUUUGGCCAGCAUUCAAAGAGGAGAGCAAAAGGAGUGUGAGGGCGAUAUCACGCUUUCUACUGGAACAGAUGACGAAAGAGAAUUCUUACUUUCUGAUAAUGUUGUUGAGAAUCAAAUUGGAACUGAAGCGGAUGAAGAUCCAAUUGACGAGGAUUCGCACACCCAACGUCCCGUGCCUGCCCACCGCCAAGAAGCUCAGGAUGGCGAAAACCCACAGAACAGUUCUCCAACCCGAGAAACAGCUACCUGUCCUGAGUGUGGGAUAAAUACUGAUUCUUCCGAGCUCGUAGUUAGAGAUGGUGCUCGUAGAUCAGAGACAAGACGAUCCUGCCAUGGAGGAGGCAACGCCAUUGUUAGAAAGAACCAUUCUCCAACCAGGGAAAGAGUUGACUGUCAUAAGGGAGGGAUGAAUGUGUGUCGAGCUGACCGUCACGGGCACUUUGAAGAAAAUCGUGCCCGUAGACUUAAGACAAAACGAUCUUGCAAUGAACAAAGGAGUACCAAUGUUACGGAGAAAGGGCAUAUCAACGCCAAUCUUCCUCGUCAGGUCAACUUCUUGUUGUCUGGUAAUAUAGCGGGACAAAAUAGGAACUCGGCCGAAAAUUGCUUGGAGUUUAAAGAGGAGUUGAACCCCUCCCUAAACGAUACCAUGGCGAGAAACACCGCAUCCUCGCGAAACUCGGUUCCAAAUGAUUCUGAUCAACAUGUGCAAAGAUUAAUCAACCUUGAAAAUCAAGUUGCUCACCUGACUCGCUGUUUUUCGGAACAAAAUGAAGUUACAAACUACAUCGCUAAUGUUAAUUCUCACCUGGUGUCAGAAAAUGAUCAGUUAAAAGAUGCGGUCGGCGACGUCAACAACAGAUUACGCCAUAUUCAAGUCUCUCUUAAUGCUCACCAAAUGAAGCACGAUGAUCAUCAAGCGAAUUUUAACACCCUGCAAAAUGAGCAGAGUAACCAAAGCGUGGAACUUGCGAGGCUCAUUAGGGAUACGGCGGCUGUCCAGGAAAGGAUCACACGACUUGAGGGUCGUGUGAACGCACAAGGAACGAUGUUGAGGAAUGUAUCAGAUUCUGUUAGAGGCCUAGCUACUUUAACCAGAAGGGUGGACAUUGAAAAUUUAUGAAAUAGAAGUGAACUUAAGAAGUUUAUCUCAGGAAUCAUUCGAUUUGUAUCUCCACUGUUUAAAAGUGUACAUAAAAAUUUAUUACUUGGCAUGUUUUGAGGUUCUAAAGAGUAACAUCUCUCUCGAAAAUGUAUUCAAACGUGCUAUGCCAUGACAACUCAGCAAUCCGUCUACCUAAAACUUCGACGCACGGUUCACGAACUGCUGAUUCUCUGGCUUUCACAUGCAUUCCUAAUUUGAUUCAGGAAUGCCUUUUUUUUAGCCUCGAAUAUUUCAGAGAGAUUGCCAAUAAAUGGGAAAAGAAAAGUAAACUUUUCACAUUACAGUUUAUCGGCCAUAUUACUCGACAAAAAUAAAAAAGCAGCGUCUGAAGUCGAACAUUUUAGCCCAUUUAAAGACAAUUUUCGCGAGGAUCGGUUACUUUUUUAAAUCUAAAAACAUGGUCAUUGUCAUCGUUCAUGUUUACACUUUAAUGGAGGAGAUGAAAAUCACAUGGUUUCCGCAAAUGUAAUUUCUGAUGUUUGAGUGACAUGGGAACGAGUUAGUCAGAAAUUAAUAUUCUGAUGGCAAGUUGAAGAGGUUCGCGUGGCAUCAUGAAAGUUUCGGAUUAUUUAAGCGUUUCGCGGGAAAAUUCAUUCUAGGUUGAUCAGUCUUGUGUUUGACCAUGUUCUUUCUUUCUUUCUUUUUUUUCGUAUUGACCUAAUUUUCGUUUUCAAAUCCCUGUAAAAUAUCAUUACAUUCAUUGAUUUUUCUUUGUGAUUAGCAGUGUAAUCAGAUUAGUUUGCCCUUUCCUCGGGGUAUUGUGCUGCUGCAUUAGAUGAGGAAUACGUUUCCACAUAUUUUUUGGCCACUUCCAAAGAGUGGUUUUUUUAGUGGUUUUUCGUAUCUGGCGUAGCACAGGUUCUUUUGUAGAACCCUUAGUUUUCAGUACACACAUGUUAAGAUCAUAUAAGGAUGCGUAUACUGCAAGACUGGCGGACUCAUCCUUAAUAAACUUUUCACAUUGAAUAACUCGGCUGAAUGUAGAAUCAUUUAUCUCUAGUACUAAAUAUGAACUUGUGUAUAUUGGAGGUCAUUUCUUUUAGUCCACGACACAGUAGGUCGGAGAUUUGUCUCGCAGAAAGUCAAGAAAUGUAGCUAGUUUGUAAAAGGCUUUAAAAUCGUGCUUUUCAAGACGUGUAAUUUUCCGGAUAUUCAUAUAUUCCGCACAUACCUCAAUUUUUUAUUUAAUAGUUAUACUUUUUUUAUGAUUAAUCGAAGUAGUUUUAUGAAUCUGGUAAAAAAGUAGUUUAGAACUAUUGUUAUUUAACUAAAGUACAUAGGACAACCGGACGUAUGACGCUAUCAAAAGAUUUAAAUAAGUUAAAUUUAUAACACUAAGCUUGUGCUUGGGAAAUAGUACAAACAUAGUGAGACUGUUGUCGAGUAGACACCGGUCUCGCUGUGCUCACUAUACCCACUAUCAGGCUCGUAACCAAGAAAAUAGUCUUUCUUUGAUCUCCAAUAGUUUCUGUAAACGAAACUGCACUUGAAGUGUAGUUUGAGGGUGUAAUUGGUACUCAGAUAUGUAGAAAUAAAGCUGUUAGAAACGUA